CUCAAUAUUGUCUUUGAUUUUCUUGCGAACCUGUUCCUCCAAGGCGGUUGGACUUUUUGGAUCUUCCUUGGGCGUCGAAGUCGUCUCCUCGUCACUACUUCCUGGCGACGACUGACUGACCAAUGCUGCUUUUUGGAAUGGAUUGAACGACAACAAUUCCUUCUCGUCGUCGGAAUCGUCCGAAUUUAGGUCGUCAGUGUGGUUCAUUACUGUCUUGUCUUGCUGCUGUUGCGAGCUACUAGCUGAUGAGGAUGAUGAUCUCUGGUGUUGGCAUACUUCUAUGGGUCCAAUGAGUUACUUUUCUAAAGUUAGUUGAUAAAGGACAGCCUUGUCAUUUUUUUUGUGUGAUGGUUUUCUGAGCGGUUUCUGUUGUUUCGCCAGCCCCAACGUCAUUGUGCGAGGGUUGAGGAUAAACAAUCCUUUGAUCCAGGACACAAAACGAAACAUGGCCUCCGUGGAGACCUCGACGGCACCUACCUUGUAAAAACAUCACAAGGAUCAACAUCCAAUCCAAGAAGACCUACAUGUAUUGAGACAAUCAACAACAACCACAACAACAUUACACAACCAUCACCAUGUCUGACGACGAAGGCAAAGAUGACAACAAGGUGACGGCUCAUACCUACGGAGCUUUGGAUACUAGUCAAGUCACCAAUGAGUGUUGGCUGGUCCGCAUCCCUCCCAGUUUAGCUCACGUUUGGAACAAGGCGCCGGAAGGCACCGUGUUGGGCGAUCUAGUCUUUACCAAGGGAGGCCCUCCCACGGCCAAGCACAGGGGCGCCAAGCCGGUCAAACCGACGGUUCAGAUCCGUGUGGCACCGGAAAUGCUCCAAGAAGAAGAUGAAAUUGACCCGCAAGACGAGUCGCCCGUGGUCAAUCAGCAACAACUCACCAUCCCACUCAACUAUUCCAUGGCCGCCAUGACCAAAAAGUGUCCAAGGCUUCAUCCAUUCUCGCGUCAUCCUCAAAAUGGAUCCGUCAAGCUGUGGGGAACGGUCACUAGAACUGCCAAUCUACAAGUCGAACAGGAUCGCAACUAUCGACAACUCCUCAAAGAUCGGCUCAUUCAGACAUCCGUCAAUUCCAGUCGAUUCGUCAAGCCAGUCGAUGCGCCACAAUCAGUUGUCGCCAAACAGCAACGACGCGUCGGAGCUGUUCCCAGUCUCAAAGCCAAUGGCGAAGAAGAACCGGAAUCCGCCACCUUUUCCAAUGCCGUCUAUCAAUUUGGAAAACGCAAAUUGGAAGCCCAGCAGGCCAACGAAUCGGCACACAAUUCCAUGUUGGCAGGUGCCGGCCCCAACAAACGCAUGCGACAAUUCUCGCCCGAUCAACCCAUGCGAUCCGUCAUUUUCGAACUCUUUGAACAGCAAAAGUAUUGGACCGUCAAGGAUCUCAAGGGAGCCGCCGCGGCUGGAGGAGCCGUGUCCACCAAGAAGAGCGAAACCGAAAUUCGUGAUGUGCUACGAGAAAUUGGACUCUAUCAUCGCAGUGGAGAUCACAAGACUAUGUGGGAAUUGAAAAAGGAAUUCCAGCAGCAGUCGUAAAGGACGAGCCUUUUUUUCAGAGAAAAUAUCAAUAUACGAAUGUUUUGCCACGUUGGGAUGCUUUCUAUUAUUUUAAAAAGUUAAAAAGUUGCCUGCAGUUUACAG